AAGAAUGGUAUGCAAUUAAUGUUUGGAGCAUAUUGAUUAAUAAAACAUUCUUAAAUAUUUCUGAUAUAGAACUUGUUCAUGGUGAGAUAUGUAGCAUUGCAUCAAAUAACCAAAAGAAUAAUGAUGAAAUAUACAGAAUAAAGAGUCAGAGAAAGGCACUUGAACAUCAUAUUAAUG